AUGAAGGCCGACUUGAGGCUGGUAAGGUGAGUGAACGAUGGGACAGGUUGGAACGGCCAACCCCAGUCGGCAAACAAGCAGACCUGUAGAACAGGCAGCUGAUUUACCUGACAUAGUUUUAACUGUUUAAUUUCCCAUAGAUUGAAAAACCCUUCAGCCUAAGGGUUUUUCAAUCUAUGGGAAAUUAAACAGGUUGAUGUUUAAUUUUGAUUAAUUAAGGUUGAUGUCCAUUUGGACUAAUAGGGUGAAAGGCAGGGAGGUCAACAGCAGGUGGCGCCAGAGACAACAGGCAGAACCAACUAAUUCUACUUUGGGUCCCUGGCUUGCAGCUGAAUUCUACAAGGGGCAACACUGAGACUAAAGACUGAGACUAAAGAUUGUAAUAAAGAAGGUAGGAAGGUUGGGGUCUGGCUGAGGGCCAGCUGAGGUUGGUGAGGCAGUACCCCAUUCACCUGAUUGGAUGAGCCUCCAGUGCCUUAGAAUUAUAGCUUGAAAAUGGUCCUGGGAAUCCAGGGUGCCUGAGGAAAGGCACAACUUUAGUGUGGAAUUGUUAUGCUUCGCUCUCCCAGUUUGUAUGGGGCAUCCACAUGCCAGGUCUAUGAGCACCAAUGGCCUCUGUUGCUGACCAACAAAGGUUUGGAAGACACACAGCUGUUGUUUGUUGUUUGUUUGCAUUUUGCGGCAGACAUUUGGAGCAGUAUCUGGUGCCACGCUGUUGGGACUACUUCUUUAAGUCCUGGAGGGGACUGGAACUCUGCAUUUAGUUUUUCUGCCUUCAGUUCGGGUUGGAGCUUUUUAUCUUACAAAGAAAGGACCUGCGGAUUUAAGCUUGUUGGUUGCUGGCAUCCGUCUGUCACAGGAGACCAUGGAAUAGUGCGCCAUGGAGGGUGAGGUCAAGCUGUUGGACAGUUGCAGCGCCUGCUGUGGCUGUAGAGACCGAUGCGGGAGAGACAUGUUUUGUUGCAGCUGGGGCAGAAGAAGGCGUCUGCUUGCGCUGCUGCAUAUGAAGCAUGAUGUUUCUUCAGAGACUGCACCAGCAUGAUGCUAACUUCUCCUCCGCCCUUUUCAUGUCUCUCCUGGUUCUGCGAGAUCAGCAGGGAGAGGAGCUGGUCAGGGGAAACUAACCAGGGUCUUUUCCACUUUCCAGGGAGAGUCAUGAACCGGGAGCAGAGAACCUCCCAAUGGACAGCUGGCCCUGGAGCAACGAAGAGGAGUCUCCCUUCAAAGGCUUGCCCCCCUUGCCUAAAGUGUUUCGAGAGCUCAGUUUGCCUUCAUUUUCUCUGCCUGGGGAAGGAGAGCAGGAAGCAGCCCAAGAGCUUGAGGGGAGCUGCCCCGGCCUCCAAGACAAGAUUGCCUGGGUGCACGGUGAAAUGGUGAGGCCCUCUUUAAGCCAGGAGAUGUCUGUUGGACCACAACUCUUUUUUUUUUUUUUUUUUUUGGUGUCCAACCCCCUGAUUUAUUUAUUUUUUUUAAAUAAUUUUUAUUAACUGGCCAAUCACAUCAAAUUAAAUCACAUCACAUAAAUUCCAAAUUACAAAGCCAAAUUUUUAAAUUUUGUUGGGGGAGCCCAUACUUCAAGAUCCAAAGGGGGAUUCAAAUCAUCUUCUUAUUACUGCAUUAAUGUCCAAAUCAGUCCCAAUCAGUCCAAACAGAGUUCAUAGUUCUAUCCAAUCUUAUCUUGGUGUUUCCACAUCAUAUCUUGUUCAUAUAAUUUCUCUUUUUCCUUUACGAUCUCUUCUGUUAGUCUCCUUAAGCCGAUAAGCAAAUAUAAUAAUCCUGUGUGAAUUUCCCGUUCUUCCAAUCUAAGUUCAGAUGGUUUCCAUAUAUCAUCUCCUUCGUAGAUAACAUCGCUCUUCCCAUCAUAAAUUAGGCAGUUGUCACUCUUAAAUCCCACUGAGGAGUUAGUCCACGAUAUGUAAACAACUCUGUUUCUCUCUUUCUCCUCCCAGACUCAAGAGCUCCGACAGUGCCUCCCAAAAUGGCGACGGCAUUUUUAACUGCGUCAUUCCAAAACUCUUAAAUUUAAGAGUGUUGGACCACAACUCUUGGGUCCUUGUCCAUGAUGGUCCUGCGUAAGAGCUUCCCAUUGGCGCCUGGGACGCCACUGUUGAGAACAAGGUGGUGGACUAGCUAGUGCACUGAUUGAACAGGCUGUUCUUAUGGAGUCCAACAAGAUCUGGAGGACACUGUGUUGUUGUUGUUUAUUAAAUGUAUAUACAGUGGUACCUCAGGUUAAGUACUUAAUUCAUUCUGGAGGUCCGUUCUUAACCUGAAACUGUUCUUAACCUGAAGCACCACUUUAGCUAAUGGGGCCUCCUGCUGUCGCCACACCGUCAGAGCAUGAUUUCUGUUCUCAUCCUGAAGCAAAGUUCUUAACCCGAGGUAAUAUUUCUGGGUUAGCGGAGUCUGUAACCUGAAGCAUAUGUAACCCGAGGUACCACUGUACCGCCCUUCAUGGGGACGUGGGUGGCACUGUGGGUUAAACCACAGAGCCUAGGACUUGCCGAUCAGAAGGUCGCGGUUCGAAUCCCCACGAUGGCGUGAGCUCCCGUUGCUCGGUCCCUGCUCCUGCCAACCUAGCAGUUUGAAAGCACGUCAAAGUGCAAGUAGAUAAAUAGGUACCGCUCCAGCGGGAAGGUAAAUGGCAUUUCCGUGCGCUGCUCUGGUUCACCAGAAGCAGCUUAGUUAUGCUGGCCGCAUGACCCGGAAGCUGUACACUGGCUCCCUCGGCCAAUAAAGCGAGAUGAGCGCUGCAACCCCAGAGUGGGUCACGACUGGACCUAAUGGUCAGGGGUCCCUUUACCUUUACCACCCUUCAUCCGAAGAUCACAGGGUGGUUCACAACAUAAAAAUACAAAAAAAUAAAUAAAUGAGAGCGCAAAACACAAACUUCUCCAGGCUAUGUGCACAACACACAUUUGCAAACACAUUUAAAGAACGUCCUCCCCAAGAAUCCUGGGAUCUGUAGUUUGUUCAGGGUGCUGGGGCCUGCAGCUCUGCAAGAGGCUUAAACUACACUUCCCAUGAUUCUUUGUGGGGGCAGAUUGCUUUAAAGGCAUGGCGUGUAUACAGCUCUUAUCGUGCUUAUAUCGCCAGGACAUCGAUAGAGAAUGAAAAUGAUUGCUUUCUUUGCCAUGCAGCUGAGAUUGCGGUGGGCUGACCAGGCGCUUUUCCGCCAUCUCUACACCCUCGCGUUGGAGAUCCAGGACCUGAAGGAGUUGCAGCUGGAGAUGGAUACCUUUUGGAAGGAGGAGGUGCUUGUGGACGAGCAAGGCCACGUACGAGACACCACCAGCGCAGCCACGAAUGUCCACUCGGCAGCCGCUUUCGAAAUGACCAUCUGA